GCCCCACGGGAGGCGAGAGGCUUCCGUCCCUGGCGGGCUGCAAUGCCCGGCUCGCAGGAGGCAGCCCCCUGGCACUGCAACUCCCGCACCCGGGCGCCUUGAAGGCGGCAGGAGGAUAGACCGACCCGGCGAGGGGCCUGGCUUGACCCGGGAACCGAAAGCGGCUCUGGCUGUCGGGAAGGCGGAAGCCCAGGCGGUGGGUGUGCCGCGGGAGGCGGUGUAAGCCGGAGCGAAGGCGGCCGCGCUGGGUUGCAAGCCCCGGGAAAUGCGCCCGGCCUCGGGGAGCUCCGCCAGCCGCCCUCCGCCGCCCGCCUAAAGCGCCGCGCCCGGAAAGGGCAGGGCAGGCGCAGCGCCCCAUCCUUGGCAGCCAUGGGCGCGGAGCAAAGCGCGGAUGCGGACGGGCGGCCUCACGAGCCCAGCGUGUCCGCAUCCCCUUCACCAGCCAAACAACGAGCCAAAAUGGAUGAUAUUGUUGUGGUGGCACAAGGGACUCAGUCAUCGCGCAAUGUCAGCAAUGACCCUGAAGUCAUCAAGCUGCAAGAAAUCCCAACUUUCCAACCCCUUUUGAAAGGUCUACUCAGUGGGCAGACGUCUCCGACCAACAUUAAACUGGAGAAGCUGGAUUCUCAGCAAGUUUUGCAGCUCUGCCUCCGGUACCAAGACCACCUUCACCAGUGUGCAGAGGCCGUGACCUUUGACCAGAAUGCUUUAGUCAAGCGAAUCAAAGAGAUGGAUCUCUCAGUAGAAACUCUGUAUAGCUUAAUGCAAGAGCGCCAGAAAAGGUACGCCAAGUAUGCGGAGCAGAUCCAGAAGGUCAAUGAGAUGUCGGCCAUCCUCCGUCGCAUCCAGAUGGGCAUUGACCAGACGGUCCCCUUGAUGGAGCGGCUGAACGGCCUGCUGCCCGAGAGCGAAAGACUGGAGCCCUUCAGCAUGAAACCUGAGCGGGAACUCAAGCUGUAGUCCUCUGCUUGUGUCAUGUUUUCAUGGAGCCUGCUUGAAGCCUCGUACGCUUGCCGGAGAAGGCAUUGCUCCUUCACCAAAGCACUGUGGUCGGGAGAGUGCCCUUCGCUUGCAAGGAUGGUAAUUUCAAACUGGGAAUAAAGCACUAAGUGGAGCAUUA